UUGGUUCUGUCUGAUNACGUCACCGUUCACGAAGGUGAACAUGACUCCCACGGCUCUAUCAGGAGUUGGAACUACACUUGGGAUGGAAAGGAGGAGAUAUUUAAGGAGAAGAGAGAGAUAGAUGACGAGACUAAAACGUUAACGUUAAGAGGACUGGACGGUCACGUUAUGGAGCAGCUCAAAGUGUAUGACGUCAUCUACCAAUUUAUUCAAAAAUCUGACGAUACCUGCGUCGGCAAGAUCACUUUAAUAUGGGAGAAGCGCAACGAUGACUCUCCAGAACCAAGCGGCUACAUGAAAUUUGUCAAGAGCUUGGUUGCUGACAUGGAUAACCACGUAAUCAAUACUUAAUCAUCGCCACCAAAGUCACAGUCACCAUCACCAUCACCAUCACCAUCAUCAUCAUCAUCAUCAUCUCGAUUUAUGAAUUAAGGUGCUUUUUCAGUAUAAUAAAUGGGUAUUGUGGAGUUUCAUUUCUAUGUGUACGUUUGGUUCUGUCUGAUGCUUUAAUAUAAUAUGUUGUUAUGCUCAUCAUAUAUCGGAUUCGAUCGAUAUAAUGACUGUUGAGAAUAAAAUUAUCACAUGUUUCAAUGUUUAUUUAA